AUGGGUUUCUUCUCAAAGUCAUUCGACCCAGUCACUGACCUCCCAGACUUGUCUGGUAAAGUCAUACUUAUUACAGGCGGAAAUGCAGGUAUCGGCUACUCGACUGUGAAGCACCUGGCACGUCGUGGUGCCAAGGUGUACAUGGCCGCACGCAACCGAAGCAAGGCAGAGGAGGCGAUCGCGCAACUGAAAUCAGAGGGACUGGGUCCUGGGAACGGCGAUGUUAUCUGGUUGGAACUCGAUUUGAAGGACCCUCGAAAUGCGAAAAAAGCGGCAGAGGAAUUUAUGAAGCAGGAGAAGAGAUUGGACGUUCUCAUUCACAAUGCUGCGGUGUUUGUUGAGAAUUACGCCAUGACGCCGUAUGGAGUUCAGGAGAUAGUGAUGGUCAACGUCAUCAGUCAUGUCGUCCUCACACGCACCCUCCAACCGCUGCUGGACCAGACAGCAGCUGAACCAAAUUCAGACGUCCGCAUAAUCGUCUUCCCUACUACCAUCCAGGUCGCUUCAGACGGCCACCGGUUUGUAUCAGGGAAACCUCGUUUCCGUAACCUUGAUGAUCUUAACAAUGAACUCAAAAGUUCGUUUGCCCCCAGCUUCGCGCGCUAUUGCAUGUCAAAACUCAUGAAUAUACUCUACGCUUCUGAACUUCAGCGACACCUCACCGCUGUUGGCUCUCCCAUCACCGUUAUCGCCGUUCACCCUGGAGCAGUCGACACCUUCUCUCAUAGAUCCAACUUCAAGUUCAUCGUCAAGCCUCUCGUGUCCCUCUUCUUUGUACGUCAAGACCAGGGUGCAUAUACCUCGGCGUUUGCGGCUGCGUCGGAAGAAGUUGCCAAGCAGCGCGAGAAGUACAAGGGCAUGUAUUUAACGCCAGUAGGCAAGCUAACAGAGCCGACGGAGGUGGCGAGGGAUGAGGGGCUUGCAAGGGAGCUUUGGGAUACUGUGGAUAGGUUUUUGGAGGAGAAGGGGAUUUGAUGGAAGCUUUGUUUGAUUGAUGAGCUGAGAUCGAUGCACGACGAACAGCCGUACCUCCAAGAGGUGUCGAACGGACAAGGACGUUGAUCUCGCCUCUGAAUUAUGAUGGGACGAUGAUCCCUGUUGAUACGUUGUCAUGUACACUUGCAUGACACUGGUGCCCAUCCAGCCUGCGCGCUUUUCCUCUCAUUUUGUUUAGUACAAAUGCAAUGCUACGUAUAUAAUUAACUGUACACUACAUAUUGUAAUCAACAAAGUAUCUCUGUCAUCUCCGC